AUGUUCAGUCUAAUGGCCAAUUGCUGCAGCUGGUUAAAACGAUGGCAGGAACCUGUUAGGAAGGUGACACUAAUAAUGGUGGGUCUUGAUAAUGCUGGUAAAACUGCUACAGUCCGAGGAAUUCAAGGAGAGUCUCCUGAAGAUGUGGCUCCAACAGUUGGAUUUUCCAAGAUUGACCUUAAACAGGGACGGUUUGAAGUCACUAUCUUUGAUUUAGGAGGUGGAAAACGAAUUCGAAAUAUCUGGAGAAAUUACUAUGCUGAGUCCUAUGGUGUAAUAUUUGUUGUGGACUCCAGUGACAUUGCAAGAAUGGAAGAAACAAAGCAAGCCAUGAUAGAAGUCUUAAACAGCCCUAAGAUAUCAGGAAAACCUGUUUUAGUGCUGGCAAAUAAGCAAGACAGAGAAGGAGCUCUGUCAGAAGCAGAUGUAAUUGAGUCCUUAUCUCUGGAAAAGCUUGUGAAUGAACACAAGUGUCUAUGUCAAAUUGAACCUUGCUCAGCAAUCAUGGGCUGUGGGAAAAAAAUAGAUAAAUCAAUAAAAAAGGGUUUAUAUUGGCUUCUAUGUAUCAUAGCAAAAGAUUUUGAUGCCUUAAAUGAGCGCAUCCAAAGAGACACUACAGAACAAAAGGCAUAUGAAGAACAACAGAAACUAGAACGAGCUGAACGAGUGAGAAGGAUACGAGAAGAAAGGGAAAGAGAAGAAGGAAGAAGUGUACCUGACGAGGAAGACCCUGAGCCUGGGAACUCUGAAAACCCCUUCCAGCCUAUAUCUGCUGUAAUCUCUGAGAAUGAAAAACAAAUUGAAAAGGAAAAGAAGCGGCAAAGGUUGGAGACUGAAAAGGCUAUGAUUGCCUUGAAACCCCAAACAGAACAUGAGCAAAUGGACACCCAGCACUUAUCAAGUAGCAGCAGCCAAACUACAAAUGAUAGACUAGAAAAAUGCAGUUCUACAACUACACAGCUUUUGCAGCAUGAAGACGAGCAGCAAGCCACAGAAUGCCUUUACUCAGAUAAUAAUAACAAAAAAAAUCGGAAGCCAAAAUUAAAAAGGGGCCACAGAGUAGAACCUGUAAAUACAGAGGACACUGUUCCCAAGAAUCCUGCAACACCAUCAUCUAUUCCACCAGUUGGCUGGGGAACUCCCAAGCUUAACAGACUUCGAAAACUUGAGCCUCUUGGUGUAACACAUCAUGCUGAUUUCUAUGGAAAGCCUCUGGCGCCACUGACUAUACGCCAAAGACCCAACAGUGAUACCCAUGAUGUCAUUGCUUAA